GGCUAGUCAAGCGAUAAGGCAUAUCGGAUUUUUGCUAAGUGAAGUUCGGACCAAAAGUGGUGAGUCACAAUCAAUAAAUCGACACCUAGCUGCAUAAGGCACGCCCAAACGUGUUUAGAGGGCGUUCAAACUGUGAGUGAGCACUGAUUUCUUGAUCAGGCACAAGCAACUAUAUUUUUAAAGCUACAGUGUGCCCAAGUUAAAACAGAAUGUCUAACAGAAGAGAAAACCAAGCUCUAAUGGACAAGUUACGUCCAGGAGAUAUUGUCAAAUUUAGGCGAGAUGCUAUGUAUUGUCAUUUUGCUUUAUAUAUAGGUAACGGGAGAGUGAUUCACCUGACUUCCUCCAACCCCGCCACCUUUAACAGCAGCAGUAAAGGUGCCCUGUCGGCUGCCGGCCUGCCAGUGGACAUUGGCAACGUGUCUGAGGACGAUUUCUUUGAAGUGGCAGCAGACAGCAAAGCGGAACUAGCUAAUUGGGAUGAAAAGUCCCCCUAUAGCGAGGCAGAGAUUGUGAAAAGAGCUAAAGCCAAAAUCGGCCCCGCUAAAUACAGUAUAGAAACGUACAACUGCGAGCAUUUUGUCAACGAGAUCAAGUACGGAAAGCCUGUCAGCAAACAGGUGGAUUCUGCUAAGCAAGUGGGGAAGUUCGCGGCAUUUACUGCAGCGGUCAGUGCAAGCCUCUAUUUGGUGAAUAAUCAGAAGGGCAAGGGGAAAGAAAAGGAAGCAAGCAAUAAAUAAAAACCGUUUGAUGUAUAACGGGUAACUUAUUACCUUUGGUAAAAUUUUGUCAUACGGACAUUACAAGUAAUACCAUAGAUUUUCCUAUCUAGAUGUAGCUAUUUAUCUGGACACAUAUAGAAUACUCAUUUAUUGGUUUCAUUUCUAAUCAAAUACAGUUUU